CUUGUGAAUAUGUGUGAAGGAAGGAAGUGUCUCCACUUCUAUGUCUGAUAGCUUUUGACCCUAUUGCCUUUGGACUCUUGGCUUUGUAUCUAUAUCUACACAGGUGUAUGUGUAUAUUUUCUAUAAUUUUCCAUUUGUUGAUAUCAAAGAGAGUUGGAGGAAAUGAAUUUUGAAACUUCACGAUGUGCCACCCUACAGUACUGCCCUGACCCUUACAUCCAGCGUUUCGUAGAAACCCCAGCUCAUUUCUCUUGGAAAGAAAGUUAUUACCGAUCUGCCAUGUCCCAGAGCACACAACCUAGUGAAUUCCUCAGUCCGGAAGUUUUCCAGCAUAUCUGGGAUUUUCUGGAACAACCUAUAUGUUCAGUUCAGCCCAUUGACUUGAACUUUGUGGAUGAACCAUCAGAAAAUGGUGCAACCAACAAGAUUGAGAUUAGCAUGGACUGUAUCCGCAUGCAGGACUCGGACCUCAGUGAUCCCAUGUGGCCACAGUAUACGAACCUGGGGCUCCUGAACAGCAUGGACCAGCAGAUCCAGAAUGGCUCCUCGUCUACCAGCCCCUACAGCACAGACCAUGCACAGAACAGCGUCACGGCACCCUCUCCAUAUGCGCAGCCCAGCUCUACCUUCGACGCCCUCUCACCCUCGCCUGCCAUCCCCUCCAACACCGACUACCCAGGUCCACACAGCUUCGAUGUGUCCUUCCAACAGUCGAGCACCGCCAAGUCGGCUACCUGGACGUAUUCCACGGAACUGAAGAAACUAUACUGCCAAAUUGCAAAGACUUGCCCCAUUCAGAUCAAGGUGAUGACCCCACCUCCUCAGGGAGCUGUCAUCCGUGCCAUGCCUGUCUACAAAAAAGCUGAACAUGUCACUGAAGUGGUCAAACGGUGCCCAAACCAUGAGCUUAGCCGUGAAUUCAACGAAGGCCAGAUUGCCCCUCCUAGUCAUUUGAUUCGCGUAGAAGGGAACAGUCAUGCUCAAUAUGUAGAAGACCCCAUCACAGGAAGACAGAGUGUGCUGGUACCUUAUGAGCCACCACAGGUGGGCACUGAAUUCACGACAGUCCUGUACAAUUUCAUGUGUAACAGCAGUUGUGUUGGAGGGAUGAACCGCCGACCAAUUUUAAUCAUUGUUACUCUAGAAACCAGAGAUGGGCAAGUCCUGGGCAGGCGUUGCUUUGAGGCCCGCAUCUGUGCUUGUCCAGGAAGAGACCGGAAGGCAGAUGAGGACAGCAUCCGAAAGCAGCAGGUUUCAGAUAGCACAAAGAAUGGUGACGGUACGAAGCGCCCCUUUCGUCAGAACACUCACGGCAUCCAGAUGACAUCCAUCAAGAAACGAAGGUCCCCAGAUGAUGAGCUCUUGUACCUGCCAGUGAGGGGCCGCGAGACUUAUGAGAUGCUGUUGAAGAUCAAGGAGUCCCUGGAACUCAUGCAAUACCUUCCUCAGCACACGAUUGAAACCUACAGACAACAACAGCAGCAGCAGCACCAGCACUUACUUCAGAAACAGACCUCAAUUCAGUCUCAGUCAUCAUACGGUAACAGCUCCCCACCUCUGAACAAAAUGAGCAGUAUGAACAAGCUGCCUUCUGUGAGCCAGCUUAUCAACCCCCAGCAGCGCAACGCCCUCACUCCCACCACCAUUCCUGAUGGCAUGGGAGCCAACAUUCCUAUGAUGGGCACCCACAUGCCAAUGGCUGGAGACAUGAAUGGACUCAGCCCUACCCAAGCCCUCCCUCCCCCUCUCUCCAUGCCAUCCACCUCCCACUGCACUCCCCCACCUCCGUACCCCACAGAUUGCAGCAUUGUCAGUUUCUUAGCAAGGUUGGGCUGUUCAUCAUGUCUGGACUAUUUCACGACCCAGGGGCUGACCACCAUCUAUCAGAUUGAGCAUUACUCCAUGGAUGAUUUGGCAACUCUAAAAAUCCCUGAGCAAUUCCGACAUGCCAUCUGGAAGGGCAUCCUGGACCACCGGCAGCUGCACGACUUUUCCUCACCUCCGCAUCUCCUCCGGACCCCAAGUGGUGCCUCUACGGUCAGUGUGGGUUCCAGUGAGACCCGAGGCGAGAGAGUAAUCGAUGCUGUGCGCUUCACCCUCCGCCAGACCAUCUCUUUCCCACCUCGUGAUGAGUGGAAUGACUUCAACUUUGACAUGGAUGCCCGACGAAACAAGCAACAGCGCAUCAAGGAAGAAGGGGAAUGAGCUUGCGUGGAUGGGCUCUCCGCGUGCUCUGCUAUUCCUCACAGGGUUCUUCUGCUUGAUCAUUAAAGCAUUCUCCCUAGCUCCACCUCUCUCUCUUCUCAAUCUGAAUUCCUAAGGGGAAGAGAAGAGGAGUCCUUUUACCCAACAUCUGACCUGGCCUCUGAGUCUAACUCUGGCUUUAAGCCUUCAAAACUAUUGCUUGCUGGACUGAGUUGUCAUGGCUAGGUAGAAACGAGCACAAAAGCAGUGGGUGUCUCCUUAAGCUGCAGAGAUCUCUCAUUGACUUUUAUAAAGCAUUUUCACCCUUAUAGUCUAAGACUAUAUAUAAAUAUAUAAAUAUGCAGUAUAUAUUUUGGGUGGGGGGCAUUUAUUUCUAAAAUGUAAUUUAAAGCAAAGGAAAUUGAGUUGCACUUACUUUUUUAUUUACUUUUUUUUUUGGAUGGCUUGUCUAUACUUCCCUGUUCUCAAGAGGUGUCGUGGAUGGUAAUAGGUAUCUGCAGUUUGGUACACAGGAGUGAUAAGGAUAUAUAGUUCCUUAAAUCCCUUGAAUGCAAAAGAUAUGCCACAGCAAACACUGGGUGGGUCCAGUUGGUUUAUCCUCAGUUGCUGAGUGUUUGAGACUGUAUAUAUGUACACGAUUUUCCACAGUUGUGUAUUUUUCAUUACUGACAUCCCUUCCAGUAAUGUUAGUUCAUUUUGCUAACGUUAAGUUCAGGCACAAGAAAAAGCCCAUGUUCAUGUUGUUACACACUAAUGGAAUCAUCAUGUAUAUCAUCUCUUGCAUUUGGGUAAGAAUGAGGGAUAUCGGUGUAAAUUUCUGCUUAAAAAGUCAUCUAGUUUCAAAGCAACUGAUACCAUGUAUCUGAAUUUAUCAGGAACUCCUCAAAUGUAAUGCAUGGCAUUUUCAUGUUGAUUGGGAAUAUUUUUCCACUAUUAUGCAAACCUUUAAAUACAGUUUUUUUUUUUACUAGUUUCUCUACUUUAAAUACACAUUUAGUAUUUUUUGGAGGGGGGUAGAAUUCAAGUUGACUUAAUUGGAAUAGAUACCUUAGCAGCAAUCCAAUUUUUACUCUAUUAGGAUUAUCCAGAAAAAGUGGGAAUCAUUCAAAAAAAUUGAGUCUACUAAAAAGUAAGGUAUCUCAGUGAGCUGUGAGUUGUAGUUCCUGAACAGUCUUUCAAAGUAAAGAUAAUAGUGUUUCUCGGUAAAUGUUCUUUUCAAGGACACUUCAGUCAAGAAACUGCAUGUCUACACUCAUUUCCCUUUCUCUGUUGAAGAUUUAAAAUAGGCAAAUGAUUGGGAAGACGCCAAACUGUGAGAUCAGCA